CAAUGCUACUAUGGAUUUUGUAGUACUUUAUAGGCAAUAAGAUUUUGUUGUAUAAUAUUUAAUACUUUGCUUUAUUGUAUCUUCUUGAAACUGCAUGUUGUAUUUAGUUAAAGAGACACACACACAAAGAAAUGUCUGCAUGUACUGUAUGAUAUAUGAAAUUUACUGUAAACAUGGCAUUUUCCUUGUAUUUUGUAAAAUGUUGUCAAUAUAAUUUAACAUUUAUAGAAUUUAAUAUAUUCCACCUUCAAUGCGAAUUUAGUGACUUUUGUGGAGACAAAUAGUUGGAAAAAAUAAAGUUCAAUUCAUAACUGCGUGUUGAGUUAAGUACUUAGGACUUACAAAUGAGAAACGCAAUUUACAAUUUAAGACGUAACGUUUGCAAAUAUCCCUCAUCGGCUGCCGUAAUUCCUGUGGCGAUACAACUGUUAGUUGUUUCUAUGGAGACGCCGUAGCUGACAAACUUUAGCCUGUACUUGGCGGUGCUUUCUUCUCUCCGGUGGAAUAAAAAGCACUAGUUUGUCAGUGUGUGCCGCUUGUCGUCGAAGCCAUGUUAGCUGAGGCUCGGGGUCCUGACCCUCUGAUAUCAGUAGAUCCAUGGAAGCCCUCCACCCUUGGAAAGGAUAUCAAAGAUCCAGGGAUUCAGCACAGGCAACGUGGUGGGAAGCACCAAAGGCGGGCAUCUAGUCAAAGAAGCUGCUUCAUGGGUUUGGAAACUAGGCGAGAGCUGGUCUGGGAGGACUGGGACCUGGGAGGAGAGUUCACCAAGACUUUAGUGCUGAGGAACAUUCAUAAAAAGCUGCAAAAGCUACACAUAAGACCUCCAGCAUCCAAGUGUUUUUCUACUUCGAUAGCUGAGAUAAUUGUCCUCAGUCCAGGGACUUCUUUCUCAAUACCAGUCACUUUUAGACCGUACCAAAGGGGUGAGUACGAGGACAGCAUUGAGUUUCAAGGCAAAGAGGGCAGCUUUCAAGUAUGCCUCCGUGCCAUCAUUCCCUGUCAUGUCCUGGAGGUGCCUGACUCUGUGAUGCUCCCACUCUGUGCUGUCCAACACUCAUCACACACUAAUUUCCUGUUAAAAAAUGCCAGUAAACUCCAGACAAGCUUCCAAUUUGAAUGUGAUACACCAUUCCAGCUGAACCCAAAGCAAGGCAUGUUGAAACCCGGCCAGGAGUGUCACAUCACGGUGGUCUUCCAGCCACAGGAGGCGCUGGUGUACCAGCAGCAUGCUUACUGCUGGUUUGGAGAAGAAGGGGACAAGGCUGAAAACUGCUGCACUGUGCUUCUGCAGGCACUAGCCAAAUACCCGUAUCUUCAGUUGAGAAAUCCCAGUAGCCAGGAGGAAGAAGGAUGGGGUGAUCCGGUGCUGCAGUUUGGUUCUGUGGUAAUUGGCCAAUGUUUGCGGAAACACUUUGACAUCUUUAAUCCCUCUCCGGUAACUGUAUCUUUUUCUCUAUCACCACUGUCAGGUGGUAUACCCUUGCUUGGAUCAGUAUUCAGCUGUGAUGUCACCAGGGGUAAUGUGGCACCUGGUGGAUCACUACGAGCUACAGUCACUUAUUCUCCUGCUAUAGUGAAUACUGUCUCUGUUGAGUAUUUGAUUCUAAAAUGUAGGGGGGCACUCAAUGAACCUCUGCUGAAACUCACUGGAAAUUGCAUAGGUCCCAAAGUUUCCUUGUCCUCCUCUGUGGUGGACUUUGGAUGUGUUGAGGAAGGAGCAUCAGUUGUACAGACAGUCAAGCUGGUUAAUUCUUCUCCUGUUGAGGUCAUCUACAAAUGGGAUAUUGACUGUAAUGGAAACAGUGUGUUUAGUAUCCUACCAGCAAGUGGCACUUUACUUCCACAGAGCUACACCACACUGAAGGCAGUGUACAGACCUACACAACCUAUUACACAUCACAGGAGAGUGGCAUGUGUCAUACUGCAUAGGGACCCUGUGUUUCUUGACCUGACUGGAACCUGUCACUCAAAGCUCCAGAAACCAGUCAUACUCACACCCGAACACUUGGUUGACUUGGCCCGCAGACAGCUCUCGCCAGACACUCUCAAUGCUGUGCAGCACGAUCAUGAUGUACACUUGGACCAGCAGGGAGUGCUCUCCUCCAUGGAGAAGUUAAACCAAAGACUGGGCAGUGCUGCUGUCAUGCCGACCCCCGAUCUUGUCUGUUUAAGUUCUUCUAGAUCAUCCCUACAUGUAUCUGUGGUGCCAAGUGAACUGGUGUUUAAUCACAAAAUGUCAUCCUCUUUCUUAUCUUCAUUUGAUUCCUCUCAGUAUGUCUCCAUCACAAACCACACCAGAGGAAAAGUCAGCCUAGUGUGGACUGUUGCCCAGGAUUCUCCAUUUUCCAUCUCUCCCUCAUUGUGUGACCUGGCUCCACUGAAGUCCACCUCAUUUAGAGUGACGUAUGACCCGAAGCAACUCAAUACCCUGCAUGGAGCAGAGCUUGAGUGCUUUGCAUACUAUAAGGACAGUCCUGAUGUAGGGGAGCAACUGGUGUGUCCGCCCUGGUGUGUGACUGUCAGAGUCAUUGGUCACUCCUUUCAGCCAGGCAAAGGUCACUUCAUCCCAUGCUGCUCGCUGAAGCCCCCUCAAGUGGUUUUUCCAGCCCUGAGUGUUAUUUCCCAUCGGACAGUGCUAUUUCAGAAUGAUGGAGACUUGCCCUUCACUUUUUGUCUGGACCACAGCUCAAUCCCUGCUGGGACAGAAUCCUUGUUUGUAGAGCCCAGCUGUGGUGUGAUCCAGCCGAGGGAUUACCAAAUCCUCACCCUCAGAACAACUCCGACAGAAGACAGUCCCAAACAGGGGUUUAACUUACGCCUGCAGCUCAAUGCAGCUAAGCUCACAAGGGAAAUUACUGUUGUGAGUGUGGUGGAAAAGCCAUGUAUGUCUCUGGAAGGAGGCAGCAGUUUAUAUUUCCAGCCAACAGCUGUGGGCUCACAAACCCGGCGCACUCAUCACAUCAGGAACCUCAGCCGCGUGCCUAUACGGUUCCAGUGGAGCAUUCCAGAGCCAGACCAGGAGCUUAUCUUUGUUGAACCAGAUGGUGGUGAACUGCAUCCCAAUGAGAGCUCAGUCCAGACAUGGUCCUUCAGUCCACUAUCAGAGAAAACAUACACACUCAACCCUACUCUCAUCUUCUGGCCAGUGCAGACUGAUAGAUCUAACAAGUCACACCUUACCCUUAAAGUUGUGGGAAUGGGUUCCAAGGGUUCCAUAGAGGCAGAGAAAGCAGUCACGGAUAUUGGGGAGAUUCUGGUUGGCAGCUGCCACUCAUUUGAGGUUCCUCUAGUGAACAACAGCCCAUGUCCUGUCUCCUUUUGUCUCAUUGUACAGCAGAUACUUCUGGAUGAUGAACUUACAUAUGACCCUGAAACUGAGCAAAGUGCCCUACAGCUGGACUGUGAGAAGGGAACCAUCCCUUCACACUCCACAAUUCAACUCCAAUCCAUCGUCAGACCCCACAGACGAGCCCAGUACCUCUGGAACAUCAGCUACCAGACAAUAAAUGCCAGUGGGUUUGUGUCGUCUCCUCCCGAGACACUGUGCGAAGUGCGAGCUAAAGGUGUGUUUCCCACCCUGCAGGUGGUUGAUGCCUGUAGUGGUGGCAGUGUGGGGAGGCUCAGCAAGAUGCAUCUCUGGAAAUUCUUCUCAUUGGACAGCCUCAAUGAGCAUUUGCUCUCCAACCCCUCUCCUGCAGAACUCACAUUUAGAACCCCCACCAGACACAGUUUCCACAGUAGUCCCUCCAUCUUCACUAAAGCUGUCUUGGAUUUCAACUUUAGCUCUGCUCCUGUAAAUUCAGACUCCUCAAAUUUUGUCCUGAUGUUUUACAACCCUGGUUCCAUCCCUGUGGACUGGACAUUCUUGUUUCCAGAGGACCAACAGAUAGAGUUGGAGUACUGGGCAUUGACGGGAGAGUUCAGCAGCACAGAGCUGCACCAAAUGAAGGUGCAGGACAACCAACUGUUCAACAUUUCCCCUCGUUCUGGAAAUUUGCUCCCUGGCCAGAAGAGGGCAGUGCACUUCAGCUACAGUCAUGACAUUGUUGGAACUCAUCGAUUACCUGUCGUGCUCAAACUCUCUUAUGGCAGAGAGAUCUUGCUGAACCUCCAAGGGGUGACCGUGGAGAGAGAUACACCAUAUAUCCACUUUGCCUCCAAUCAGUAUGAAUUCACUUCUGUCAAUAUUGGUUACAGCAGUCCUCCCAGACAGGUGUAUGAGUUACAUAAUGGCGGUGCAGUUCCAGUCCGUUAUCAAGUGGACAUGGCUGUGUUGUCACAGCUUCAGGCGGACAACUUUAACCAUCCAGUGCUCUGCUGCCUCAAUCCAGAGGGAGAAGUCCUUCCUGGGAAGACAACCAAGCUGGAAUGGAUCUUCUCACCACUUGAGGCUAAGAUUUACCAUAUGGAUGUUCCUAUCCACAUCCAGGAAAGGGACUCGACACUGGUGAGAUUUGAGGGAUGUGGCCGUGAUAUUCUGACACCGGGUUCUUCAAACCCAUUGACAAGCAGUGAUCAUAAGGUUUGUGUACCAUGCGUCCAGAGGGUGCCCUUUCCGGGACAGAUGUUAUUCUUGUCUGAAGACAGUGUCUUUCUUGGUGACAUCCCUGUGUGUUCACAAUCUUCAAGAAUCCUAUUCCUCACCAAUGUGUCUCACACAGACACUGUCCACUAUACAUGGGACCUGCCCCAGCAGAGCAACCAACAGGUGGUGCAGAUCCAUCCAGAGCGAGGUUGUCUUUGUCCAGGGGAGUGUGUCCUUUGUGUCCUUACCUUCACUUCUACAGACUACCCCACCGUUUAUAAGCUCGAUCUCAUCUGUCAGGUUACUCACGCAGCUGCACUCAUUCAGUAUCACGAUGCUUUGCAGAGCUGGGAAGAAGAGAAAGAGAGGCAGCAAGAUGAAUUCACAAUAACAGACAAAAAUGUGACAGACAGCCAAAGAAUUUUAAUAGACCAGGAACCUCUUGCAGCUCCUGCAAGGAAAGGGCCACCACUGAGAAAAUACAAGACUCUUCCUCCUAUCUGUGCCAGUGGUAGCUUUGAAACAAUGGGCAGUAUCUGUACCAAACUAACAAAAGCUGAGCGGCGGAUGCAGCGAGAAACAUCAAAAGUGUGGAGGCGCCCUCGACCACCCCAACCUGCUCUGCUGCAUCUGGCAGUUACAGCUCACUCCCAUGGGCUUCUGGAGUACUCCACACACUUUCCUGACCAGUUCAAUAAGCAUUAUAGAUACCUCCAGUCAGUAAAAAAACAGCAACCUGAAAACAUCUCUUUAAGAACAUCCCUCCCUGCUGGACCAUCUACACAAACACAGGGCCCUGAGAAAGACAUCGUUGUGCACAUACUAACCUUUUUGCUAAGGAACAUACUUGAUGAUUCAACCUUUGUUCAGUCUCUGAUUCCUUUGGCCUCUAAGCCCAACACCUACCAGCCCACAGAAACCUUUUCCUCUCAUUGCUCUUCAUAUCCAUCUUCAGCCUGUCCGCCUAGGUGUCCUACUGCUUCUUCUUCUCCUCCUGCUACACCCCAACCUCAAGUUCUGUUGAGUGGAGCAGCUGACAUGCAGAGGACUGCAGGAGGUUUGGGAAACAGGCCUGAAAAACAGCAAACACUGCAUGCUGAACACGUACCUGCUGACAUGGUUGAAGAUGUUUUACUGAACACCCUCCAGAACCUGAUGAUGGAAGCUGUCAGAGGAGAGCUUGUCCUUACAGCACCCUCCCGCACCAUUAUCACUCCACCUGCAUCUACCAGAAUCAGAAGGAUGUCCAAAGCCAUGGCUGAGGAACAGAAAAUCUGAAAAAGAGAAAGGCACCAGCAGAGACUUCAGUCACACCAUCUAUCCAAAGUCCCAGAGGCCUGUCUCCAUCUACAGCUUUCAUUAAAAUCCAACUCAUUAUCUUAUCCAACUUGACAGUUGCCCUGUAUUUCUCAGUGUCAUUCACCUCUUUUUGUCCUCAAUCCAACCAGUUUAAUUGUUGUAUCACUCUUUUUCCUGUCUUUGCAGCUUCCAUCCUUACAGACAGUUCCAUAAAAAUGUGAAUAAAAAAGUAAAACUCACUAGAGCUGCAGUAGGGAAUGUUUAACACUCAUAUGCUUGCAACACUUGAUCACCUGAUUAGUUUCAAUGAGUUAACAAAAAACAAAGAAACUACACACAUACAAACGGACAAGUUUAAAUAUUGAAAUAUGGAAUAAUGAGUAGAUUAUCCUUGGCUCAUUACUCAAUAUGGGUGUCAGUAAAGUAGGGGACGAUCUCAUUAGCCGAUAUUCAGAAGCUGUAAAAUGUAAAGCAAUUCAGUAUUGUUUCACAUAUAUAUGUAUGUAUUCAUUUACUCCCCAUUGCUUUCUGUUUUGAAGAAUCAACCACCAGUCCAUCAGAUAUUGUGAGGCCAUUUCUGGUAUAUAUUUUUUUUCAUCAAAUAAAAGGUAUAUUGCACAUCA